GGGGCCGCCUGAAUGCGGAAGCGGAGAAGCCCACGUGGGCUGGCGGGGGCGGUCGUAGCUGGGCUGUCCAGUUCUGGGAAGCCUCUGUGCUCGUGGUCUGGCCUGUAGUUUGUUCUUGUCUCGGGGGCUGGGUGAGGGCAGCCGUGCCCAGGUCCCCUUCGCCCCUCUGUUGAGGGCCUGGGAACGGGGCGAGUCCCUGGCGGGGCGUGUACCAUGGGAUUACUCUCGACCUUCAGGGGCGCGACCCGGUGUUGCUCGGGUCACUUUGUCACCCGUCAUUUCUCCCAAGCAGCGCGGCGUGAGGUGCGGCCUGGAGGGGAGGAGCUAAGCCGUCUGCGGCUGGAUGACCUGCCGGCGACGCAGCGGCUGGAGCUUCUGUUUGGCCUGUCCCCAUGUCUGUUGGCACUGCAGGCUGCCCGCCGCCGCGUGGCCAAGCUCCUGCUCCAGGCCGGCAAGGCCGGGCUGCAGGGGGCGCGGGCCGAGUUGCUCCGGGCGGCCGAGGCACAGGGCAUUCCAGUUCUGCGGCCCAGACGGCAGAAAUUGGACGCCCUGUGCAGGUACCAGGUCCACCAGGGCGUCUGCUUGGAGGUGAGCCCGCUGCGGCCCCGGCCCUGGACUGAGGCCGGAGAGGCGAACCCAGGCGACGACCCCCAGCAGCUGUGGCUCGUCCUCGAGGACCUUCAGGAUCCCCGGAAUCUUGGGGCUGUGCUGCGCUCCGCUCACUUCCUCGGAGUGGAUAAGGUCAUCACUAGCCAGAGAAACAGCUGCCCGCUCACUCCAGUGGUCAGCAAGGCCAGCGCGGGCGCUAUGGAGGUGAUGGACGUGUUCUCCACUGAUGACCUGGCCGGUUUUUUACAGGCCAAAGCCCAGCAGGGCUGGCUCGUGGCUGGCACAGUGGGCGGCCCAAGGGCUGAGAUCUCCCAGUCCUCCGAGAUCCCUGUCACUAGUUGCUUGGAUUUCCUCUGGGACCGGCCUACUCUCCUCGUGCUGGGGAACGAGGGCUCUGGUCUGUCCCAGGAAGUGCAGGCCUCCUGCCAGCUUCUCCUCACCAUCCUGCCCGGGCGCCAGCUGCCACCUGGACUCGACUCUUUGAACGUCUCUGUGGCUACAGGAAUUCUUCUUCACUCCAUAUGCAGCCAGAGGAAGAGUUUCCCUUCAGAGAGAGAAGAAGGCACCUUCUCUGAGACCCCCAAGAAUUUGAGUCACGUCUGAAGGACUCAGAGUGGCUCAGUAUCCAGGACUGUCUUCAGGAUGGGGAAAAGGCAAAUUGGGAGCUGGCUUGGACCAUCUGCAAUGUGCAUGUGCUGGAGUCGGGACUGUUGCACAUACAUCCACGUGCUCCAGUGUGUGGGAGUCUCCACUGAGUGUGUACCGCAGUCCUUGUUUAUUGACCAUAGUCUUGGGGGUUCGGGGACUUUGGGAUGGAGACCAGAGAGGAAGUUCAGUUUCCUGUUGGGAUGUUGCAACUGCAAUAGGAGAUGGUAGUUUGUCAGUUUCCAGGCCCGGCUGGGAUGGAGGGAGUCUGUCCGCCUGGGGCCUGCCUAGAAGUCAAGGAGAAGUCUAGACAUUGGGAAAGGAGCAGGCAGCCUAGUCCCAGGGUCCUGUUCCUCUUGAACGAGCUGUUGCUUGUGGCAAAUGUGAGUGUGAGAAUGUAGAGGGAGGCCCAGGACCCUUGUGUGGGGUAGACUGGGCACCAAUCGAGGCUUAAAUACUGCCCCACUGUGGGGCCUUGAGUACACAUCUUCAUCUUUAUGUUCCUCGGACCCUUGUUUGCAGCUAAUUCACAGGUUUUUAGGAUCAAAUAAAACAUCACCUGGUA